AUGGUAUGCGCACGGAAUAGUCUCUUCGUGAAGGUCUUUGGCUUGCUCACUCUCAUUUCUACUGCGUCGUGUCAAUUCCCCAAUGAGGUUGAAAAAGCACAACUUCUUGAGACUCAUCAUGAUGCUCGAGAAAAUGUGUACCCUCCUGCCAGCAACAUGAUGUUAUUACUGUACUCCUCACACCUGGAACAGCUGGCAGAUUAUUGGGCCAGUCGAUGUAGAUUUGAACAUCCGGAUUGGUCGCAGUAUCCACAUUACCAUGGACUUGGACAAAAUAUUGCAGCCGUCGGUGGUUUUAAGCCAGCUUUCACUGAAGCGGUCUGUGGCUGGAGGGACGAAGAAAAAUACUACAGUUAUUUCAACAACUCUUGCACCCACAUUUGCGGCCACUAUACACAGAUGGUUUGGGCAAACACAAAGUGGAUAGGCUGUGCCAUGCGACGAUGCGAUGGCAUGCGGGCUGAUUGGAACAACCCACAAUAUUUCACUGUGUGCCAAUACAAAACUGCAGGGAACUACCACGGGGAAUGGCCGUAUAAAUAUGGACCCAGUUGUAGCCAAUGCCCAAAAAGACACUCAUGUUACCGCAAACAGUGUGUCGCAUACCCAACUUGCAAAAGUGUAUUCCCUUUAAUGGAACUGGCGGAUCGCAAGGACAAGGUUAUCCCAAAAUGCGUUAUUGCUUGGAAAUAA